CAAGGGGCCUAAUUCUCUUUAACAAAAUCAUACUUUGUCUGUUCUUUUGUUUAAAGUAUUCAUGGAAGGUGAUAGUGGUAGUUGUUUUUGUUUUCAAAUCAAGAAGAGGAGAUCCUGACAAUUGACUAACAAACAAAAGUUCAUAUAUGGCUGAUCAAAGUUUUAAUUGUCCUUCUCCCAAUUCCACACAAAAUUACACAAAUAAACCAAUUUCAUCCUUCUUAGGUUCUCCAAGAAUUUUUAAUGGCCUUUUAACUAGAAGCUUAUCUGAUAUCGGAGCUAUCCAAACAAGUCGGAAUCGAUUACAUGAGGGUGAAAUUGUCACUAGUCCAAAUUCCAUUCUUGAUGGCAUGCAAAAUCUUAAUAUUGGGAAUCCUUUUGGUUAUGAUAGAAAAUCACCAAACCCCAUCACUAAAAAGCCCCCAACUAUUAAGACAAUCACAAAAAAAACACCUCAGUGCGUCGUUAGCCCAAAUUCUACUCUUGAUGGCAUGCAAAAUCACAAUCUUGGGAACCCUUUUGGUUAUGAUAGAAAACCACCACACUCCACGCCUCAAUUCCAAACAAGUAAAAGUUGGCUGUAUUGUGCUGAAUGCGUCAUUAGCCCAAAUUCGACUCUUGAUGACAUGCAAAAUCACAAUCUUAGGAACCCUUUUGGUUAUGAUAGAAAACCAUCAAACCCCAUAACUAAAGAACAUUCAAAUAACAAGAUGGAAUCAGAAAGUAUUGGACUUGCUCUCAUUGAUCCUAAAAAAACUAGUGAAAAAUCCCUUGUUAUAUUUGGAGCAAAACUCAAAGUUGAAAUACCUUGUUCGAUUGAGGUGAAAAAUUGUUCUUAUGGGGAUUUUGAUGAAAUGGAGAGUUCAGAGGACUACACUUGUGUGAUGAUUCAUGGUCCUAAUCCAAAAACAACUCAUAUAUUUGAUAAUUGCAUUAUUGAGAGCUGUUGUGGAGUUAGAAAGUUGAGGGAGAAUGCUUGCAAAGUUGAUCACACACAGGGCAAAGACAUCUAACAUGGUUGUGAGGGGCCAUUUGCAGCCAUAAAUCAAGGGGAUGAUGAUUUAAUGAAUUUUCUUUUUUUCAUGCUAAUCUGUUUUUGUCACUUAAACAAAGAAUUUUGGCAUCUUUUAGAAGUGGAUAUGAAUGAAGUUUAUUUUUCCAUUUUUUGGCAAUUAGUCAUGACUAGACAGACACCUAUGGUGGACCAAAGGGAAGGUUGUUGCUCCAUCAAAUCUAACUUGACUUUGUUAGUGUCCUUUUGACUUAUUAGUCUUUGUUGUAUUAUGCGACCGAGUUAGGAGUGCAAGUGGUUCAUUUAAAAAAAAUUGCCAUUUAAAUAUAAAAGGCGAUAAUAUAAUAUGUAUUGAAAUUUUAUAAGU